AUGUCAACGGCUUCACAGGAAUCCACCGGUGUCAACCAUGAUAACCUCCGACACGUUAUCAUCACGUCUACCUGUUUCGCUUUCAUCCUGUCCACCACCGCAGUCGGCUUCCGGGUUCUAUCUCGAAAGAUCAAUGGAACUGGUCUCUUUAUCGAUGACAAUCUUAUGAUCUCGGCCCUGAUGAGAUUCUCAUGCCUAUUUUGGGAAUGGGGAAUCUCAAUCGCAGGCGUUGUCCAAGUCCUUUACAAUGGCCUAAGAACACACAUAAUUUACGUGAAACCCGAGCAGCUCACUGUUUACCUGAAGACUCUCUUCACUGGCUCUAUUCUCUAUACCCUUUACGUGGCCUCAAUCAAACUCUCCAUCUUGAUGCUUUACAAUCGAUUGUUCCCCGUGAAGCCCAUGGAUAUCGCCGUCAAGGUUGUGUCGAUGGUGAUCAUUCUCUGGGCUGCUUGCGGUAUCCUGGCCGGCUGCUUCACUUGUAUUCCAACUGAGAAGCUUUGGAAUCCUAUGAUUCCUUGUGGCUGCAUGGAUCUGGGAAAGUUCUACUAUGGCCUUCAGAUGCCCAACAUUGUCACCGACGCCAUCAUCUUGGUCAUGCCCAUGCACACCCUCUGGGGGUUACAAAUCUCCAAAGCGCAGAAGACUGGUCUCUCAAUCAUUUUUGUUCUAGGCUUUUUGACUCUCAUUUUCGACAUCGUUCGACUGAUUUCCCUCAUUGAUCUGUCCAAGGCUGGCGACGAUAUCACCUGUGUAUGGACGUGCAUCGAGCCAGCCGUGGGUAUCGUCGCAGCGUGCUUGUCGAAUAUGCGCCCAUUGUUCAAGAUUGUACACCGUAAAGUUUGGAUGCGCCAUGUGGGCUCGACUGCAAACACCAGCCAGCAGGCGAUUAACGCAAGCAAUAGCGAGAAGCGCUGGACUCGAGACACCCCGAGCCCCACUCUUCAAUCUCAGACAACUCACUCCGAGAGCCCCGCUUGA